GGGGAACGUUAAGAUGUUGAAAGCUCCCCGGCCGAGAGGGGCUGCGUGGACGCCAGGCCACCCGGCUAGAGGGGAGCAGGAUGGACAGAGCCGUCGGGGCCGGGAACCGAGGCCGGUAGGGAAGGAUGGACUCCCGGACCUGCCAGGACAGGCAGCCCAGUGACCACCCCAGCAGCAGCAGCAGCAAUUGUAGCAGCAGCAAGAGUAAUUGCGAAAGGGAAAGGAUCCGGAGUCGGAUGAAAAUGGUGAUUGGGCAACUGGAAGGCAUCUUACAGGAGCUCAAGGAGGUGGCCAAGGAACUCCGGGAGGUGGUGAGCCAGAUCGACCGACUGACGUCCGACUUUGAGUUCGAGCUGGAGCCGGACGACUGGACCACGGCGACGGCCAGCAGCACCUCCAGCAGCGAGAAGGGGGGAGGCGCCUUCGAGCUGGGACCCCUCGAUUUCGCCGCAUCUGACAUCCUCUCCGACAGCUGGGAGUUCUGCUCCUUCCUGGAUGCUUCCACCCCCUCCGACCCGGGCGACG